CCCUUCAGCAUGCACCCUCCUCGCCUACGCUCUCGAGCCAGGCCUGCCCGAUAUUUAUUUGGAGGCUGCGCACGAGAAGAAUUUGCGAAUGAAGAGACCUAUACUGGUAGUAAGUAGAGAGACUAGUAAUAUUAGUAGUAGAAGAGAAUGAGCCUAACAUCAUCUAUUCUCUUAUCUUUUCUUUUUUAUCAAAGGUAUAAGUUCAGCAUUAAAAAAGAUGGCGGCGACGCUCAAGAGCGUGGGAUGUAAGAGAAAAAGAAUGAGAGAAAGGAAGGAAGGAAAGGGUAGAAGAGAGUUUAAGUCUAACCGUGUAAGAGAGAAAGAGAAAAUGAAUCUUAAAGCGAGCAUAAUCGAACGGCGCCGAGUCGGGCCGAGUCAGUCGGCUAUUGGUGGUCUGUGAGUCUGGAGGUGGGCCGACCACCGGUGAACCGAGCUCCACGCAGCUCGGUCGCGCUCGGUUGGCAGUCGGGCCCAGUUGUCCGUCGAGGAAUUAUCGUCAGCGUGCUUAUUUUUUGUUCGUUUAUUAUUCGUUCCGCCUGAAGUUUUAUACCGUAGUCUCAUAGUCUCUCUCUUUCUCGACCUCCUUCGUGAAGAGGACUUUUCUUCUCUCUUUUUCGCUCCACCGUAGUCGUCGUCAUCGUUGUCGUCAUCGUUGUCGUCUGUCAGUCGAUCCUCUCGAUCUGCGCACUCGUACACCCGACUCCCCUUUCUUUUUCCGAUCGCACACCCGGCAAAAAUCCCCACCUCGCUAUGUGACGGAUAUCACGGGGCACUUGGUGUGUACCCCGCCCGCUAUAUAUUAUUACUCCCUUCCUAUCCUCUUUUUCUCUCUCUUGCUCAUUUGCCCCUCUCCCCCUGCCCCAUCUCGUUAUACCCAUCUCUCCACGGAGGCAGUCGGUCGUGCGAAAAAGAGAGUGACAGAAGGAGAGAGGAGAUCGUGUAUAUGUGUAUGUUAUGUUAUGUGCGUGUGCGUGCGUGCGUGCGUGCGUUCUUUCGUUAGUUAGUUAGUUCGCUCGUCGCAUUCGUUCAUUCCUUAGAGUGCGUGUGGUUGGUACAUGCUGCUUUAGUGUGGUAGUGGCUAAGACGUGCGCGUGCGAGACGAGAGAGAGAGAGAGAGAGAUAGGUCGAGCGUGAGUCGGCUUCGUGUAUAAACGAGCGAGAGGAAAGAAGAUAGAAAGAAUAUUACUACUACUACACUACUACUACUACUACUACUAGUGCAGAGUAGUUUCAUCUCGUCUCCAAGCAAGCAAGCAAGCAGCACUGAGGGGAAGAGGAACGAACGGGGGUCCACGAGGGGGCCCCGUUUGAAAUCGUGGAGCCAACGAAAGAUGGAGUGCCCGCACCUCGCUCAAAGCGUCCGACUCGAUACUAACGACGUUGAAACGACCUGCACGAAGGAUUUGCCGUUCGUUUGCGCAGUAUGCGGUACAGAGAAAAGUACCUGGUUAUGUUUGCAUUGCGGAGCAGUUCAUUGUGGAAGGUACGAGUCAGGACACGCGUUGCAGCAUCACGAGAAGAAUAAUACUCAACAUUGUGUGUGCAUCGAUUGUGAGAACCUCUCUGUCUUUUGUUACACGUGCGACGAAUACGUGAUAAACGAUACGACAGGUGGUCAAAUAGAAAAGAUAAGACAAAUAAUAUGUGGUAAAGACGAGCAUAAGGAGAACGACGAAAGUUGGAGUACAACUAGCACGACUACACCGUCAUCUAGGCGGGAGAGUAGCGAGGACAACGAUGCUGACGCUUUAUGGAAGGCCGAGGUUGUCGUGAGAAAUUUACGACCAAGAACGGCGAGGAAAAGGUUGCAUUCGUUGGACGGUACUAGCGGGGACAAUAGGCCAGCUACCAAACGUAGAAGCUCGAAGAUAACCAAAGAGAAAAAGGUCGUCGGCCUGAGGAAUCUUGGGAAUACUUGUUUCAUGAACGUUGUACUACAAUCGUUUAACAACAUAAGCCACUUUUGCGAAUACCUAACACAAAUGCCGUGCCUCGAGGGUAUAGCUUUUGACCCAUCGGAACCACCGACUCACAGAGGUCGCAUCGUAACACCAGGAAGAGCAAAAGAACUUAUGAGCGAUGCCCUAUUAGCCGAGGAACUAAGAAAGGUACUUCUCGGUUUGAGUCUUGGUGGUUCCAACGGUCAAGCCAUUUCCCCGGAAUGUCUCUUCCUCGUAAUAUGGAAGGUUGUACCGAGAUUCAGGGGUUAUCAACAACAGGACGCUCACGAAUUUCUCACCUACAUGUUAGAUAGAUUGCACACGGAGUUGUUACAAUUAUUACCUAGGCUUGGACAUGAACCACUUGGUUUGCGUGGAAAGCAGAGCAUCGUCACCGCCGUUUUUGGUGGCACUCUACUCAGCGUGGUUCACUGCAUGAACUGCCGUACGGACUCGAAGACCCACGAACCCUUCCAGGAUCUUUCCUUGGAUAUACCGGAUAGACUGCAAAGACGUACGAAGGAACAGGAAGAGGUCUGUAGUCUCACCUAUAGUCUAACGAGAUUCUUCAAAGUCGAGGAAUUGGCUGACAGCGAACUAUACUUUUGCGAUAAUUGUAUGGGGAAACAACGGUCCACCAAGAGGUUCUGGAUUCAUAGGCUGCCUAACGUGUUGUGCCUUCACAUUAAAAGAUUUAGGUGGUGUAAUUCCUAUCGUUCGAAGGUGGACACGCAGGUUGACUUUCCUAUGGAAUCUCUGGAUAUGUCGGCAUUUACGGUACGAGGUAUGACCGGAAUGAAAUUGGGGACCCAAAAUAGUCAUCUUUACGAUUUGGCCGCUGUCAUUGUUCAUCAUGGUUCUGGUGCUGGUACUGGACAUUACACCGCAUUUGCCGUACACGACGGUCAAUGGUUCCACUUCAACGACAGUUCGGUACGUCCAGCUAGCACCGACGCAGUUGCUAAGUGCAAGCCUUAUAUUCUGUUUUAUGUAAGAAAGGAAUUUUCCAUUCCUCCACCGUUGUGACAUAAUUUAACUGACAAAUCUCGUACGGAAGAUACGUGUCAUGACGAAGAAACGUUAAAAACAACACAAAAGGAGCAGCAGCAACGAAAGACAAGCUUGCUCGAUGACGAGGAGGAAGAGGAAGAGGAGGUGGUGUCCCGUGAUCGAUGAACACCGCCGCCUACAAAACGAAUACAAAAUUGAUUUUGUAAACGUACCCACGAAGAAAGGAAAGAAAAGUAAAAAAAGAAUAUAACCAAGAAGAGUAGUAGCACGAAAAAGCGGGGAGUGUUGUUGUCAACCGUAAAAAAAAAAAAAAGGAAAAAAAAAAAAGAAAAAAAAAUAAGGAAACAAACGACGUCCUUAUUCAACCCCCUACCUCCACCCAUUAUCACCACUACCACUAAACACCAUUUCUAUACACACCCCCUGAUUCUUCUUAACGAAUUUAUUCGAGCUUUAAAAACAAAUAAACAAACGAAAAGAAAAAAGAAAAGCAAAUAAACGCCAUCUCUCGGUCUCGUUCUCGUUCGUCUUGGUUUAUCAUUGUCAUCGUCAUCGUCAUCUCUGAAAAAAAAAAAAAAUGAC